AUGCAGCAUCUGGUGCUGUGUAGUGUCUCGUCCGGGUUCGUCACCCUGGCGAUUUCCAUGGGCACCCGCAUGGGUCUAUUUAAACACCUUGCAGGUAUGGAAGGUCCGAAAACGUCUGCACAGAUCGCAGAGAUGGCGAACAUGAAGGAGAGGUACGUUCGCGAAUGGCUGGCCGUGAUGGUGACCGGUCAGAUUGUCGAGUACGAUAAGGAGCAGAAGACAUACUUCUUACCCAAGCACCGCCUGUGCAUGUUAGGACGCUUAGGCUAUCCUGACUUAAUGAGCCAGUUAGCUCUGGUUGCAGGUGACGUGGCGGAUUGCUUCCCAGCAGAUGGACCCAAGGGUCUACCGUAUUCAGCCUAUCCAGAAUUCCAUGCGUUCAUGGGAGACAUGAGGGAGAGGCAGCAUAGGACAAGCCUGGUGGACAAAUUUCUGCCUAAAAUUCCGGGACUGCGUGAAGACUUGGAAUCAGGAAUCCGAGUUCUUGACGCGGCGUGCGGCAGGGGCAUCACAACUCUCAUCUUGGCCCAGCACUUCCCAAACAGCACGUUUGUUGGCACCGACCUGUGUGAGGACGCCAUCCAAUGGCCUAGCGAGGAAGUCAACAAGCGCGGAUUGGCCAACGUCACGUUCCAGGUGCAGGACCUGGCCAACAUGCCCGCUGAUUGGUCAGAUUCCUUCGACUAUGUUCUAGUCUGGGACGGGGUGCACGACCAGGCCGACCCGGAGCGCGCGCUGAGGGAAACCUUCCGCAUGGUCAAGUCUGGAGGGCGCUUCUCCAUGGUGGACAUCCGGGGCCACACGGAACUCGCAGACAACAUGAGCAACCCAGCAAGUCCCAUUCAUUAUGGCAUCAGUCUGCUCCACUACAUGACAGUGUCGCUGUAUUUCGGCGGGAAAGGUCUCGGCGCCAUGUGGGGACAGGAGUUGGCAUCGGAGAUGUUGCAGGAAGCAGGGUUUGCCGACAUACAGCUGCUGGACGUUCCUAACAGUCCCGGUGAACUACACUACUUGUGCAAGAAGCCUUGAUCAUAUAUGAUCACUCAGGCUACCCAGAUUUGUAUCAUUAAAACAUUAUGACCGA